ACGAAACUCACAUUAGGGGCCUGGCGGGAAUCCAUGGAAACCAGGAAACCCGCUGUUAACCCUGUAUGGUGCUGACGGGUGGGGUGGGAGCGGGGCGAUCCAAGCCCAGGGCCACUAUCACUGGCCCAUCCCCAUGGCCGUGCCCCAGAGCAGAGGUGGGGGCAGCGGCUGCUGGAAUCUGUCACCUUCACUGCCCAACAGCCCCUUCCACUGGCCCGACCUUGGGAGGCAGGAGAGGAGGGGUUCGUGCCCUCGAGGGAGGCUCGGGAUCAGAGGGCUGGGCCAUGUUGCAGAACCUGCCGGGUAACUGCCCACACCAUGCCACGCUGUCGAGUCAGGCCGAGCCCACUCACACGCUUUGGGAGCGAGCACACAGGUGGUGUGGAUGCCCCGGUCGGUCGAGGGAGAAGGAAAGGACUGGAAUUUCAGCCACCCCACUCCCUGAUGCCAGCCCCGUAGGCACGGUGGGUGUGGGAGCAGAUGGAGAGCCCCCUUGGAGUUUCCGUACCCCACUCUCACGCCCAUCGGGCUGCACCUCCAGGCCUGGGAGCGUGUGCACGGAGGUCCGGUGCCGGGUUUGUGCUUGCACGCGCACAGGCUAAUUUUUCUAAAAAGGCCAAAAAUAUUUACAGAUUUGAAGUUGAAACGCAAACAGGAAAAGCCCUUUAAAAAGUGAGUGUAGUGGAUAUUCAAAACAGGAAUCACCAUGGAAACACCACAAUAUUUGCCUAAAUUGACACAAAGGUUGCUGGUCGCAGGGCACCAACUUUCUUUGGCCACAUUUUUUUUUUUUUUUUUUUUGGCCCAACCCCUAUCACGAAUGAACCUCAGCGGCCCCCUUCUGGGCGCGUGCACUCACGCUCUUUUCUUUUUUACGGGGUGCGACGGCGCAGUAGCAACGUGGACGGUGGCGGGGGGUGGGGGGGAGGGCAGGAGGAAAAGAGAAGAAACCAAACUGACCCAUCCUGGGUAGCUGCAGAGACACCUGUUGAUUCUGUUUUUAGAGACUCCCACAGGGCCACUGGGGGGUCAUGGGAGCAGCUGGGAGCUGGCCCAGGGAAAGUCUAGAGGGAGUGGAGGUUGGGGAGCCCGAAGCUUGGUUCGGUUGCGUGGGUCUGAUCUGGCUUCCAGCGUCAGCUUGAUCCACCGUCAGGCUGACCUCUCACCCGGGGUGCCGAGCCUUGGGUGUGAUCACUGUGUUAUUACCUGGGGGUGGCAUCGGAUUGGCCUCUUAUUGUUUCUACCUGUCUGCUUCUUUUGUUAGCUGUGACAACUGCUUUGCAGUUGGCUAAUAAUGGUGCAAAGGGUGCACUGGUUGUAGGGUCAGACCUGGCCCUCACCGCAGCCAUGCCGUCCGCCGAUUGGCAGGCAGGGUCCGAGAAUCUCUUAGCAGCGACUGCCGGAUGGUUCCCUACGGCGCCGAGUGUCGGAACCGUGCCGUCUUGUCGUCCUGUCUUGAGGGGCCACGUGGGUCUCAACGGGAGUCUAAUAAUCUGUUUUCCCUUCUCGUUCCGGUAGCAAACAGACCUCGCUGACUGAAGGCCAAGACCCCUUCCAUCCCAUCUGCCCUUCCGGCCACCACGGUUGUCAGCCCUCCCGUAGAAGGGGACCCUGCAGCUCCAGUGGUGCACAGUGGAAUGGACUUUGGACCCCGGUCUCUUGGGACACAAAGGAUGAAGUGACGCCCCUACUUUGAGAGAGGAGCCUCUAGGACCCGCUGCGAGAGUUUGGGACCAAGGAGAGGAGAAUGGAUCUCGGUACAGCUGAAGGCACCCGGUGCACCGACCCGCCCGCAGGCAAGCCCGCGAUGGCGGCCAAGCGCAAAGGCGGCCUGAAGCUCAACGCCAUCUGCGCCAAGCUGAGCCGCCAGGUGGUGGUGGAGAAGGGGGCAGAGGCGGGCCCUCAGCCCGAGGGCAGCCCGCUGCGGCCACGGGACCGAGAGGCCGGCGUGGCCCGGGGCGUCCGCAGCGAGGAAGACAAGAGGCGGGCGGUGAUCGAGAAGUGGGUCAACGGCGAGUACAGCGAGGAGCCCGCGCCCGCGCCCAGCCUGGGGCGGAUCGGCCGCGAGGGCCUGGAGCUGCCGCCCGAGGGCGUCUACAUGGUGCAGCCCCAGGGCUGCAGCGACGAGGAGGACCACGGCGAAGAACCCCCCAGGGAUGGCGGCGGCGUCGCGGAGGAGAAGGAGUCUGACGGGGCGGCCUCCAAGGACGACAGCGGCCCCAGUACCAAGCAGGCUUCGGGAGAGGCCUCCUCACUCCGGGACUACGCGGCUUCCACUAUGACCGAGUUCCUCGGCAUGUUUGGCUACGAUGACCAGAACACGAGGGACGAGCUGGCCAGGAAGAUCAGCUUCGAGAAGCUGCACGCAGGCUCCACCCCCGAGGUGGCCACCUCCUCCAUGCUGCCCGCCUCCGAGGAUGCCCUCAGCAAGCGGGCGCGCUUCUCCAAAUACGAGGAGUACAUCCGCAAGCUCAAGGCCGGCGAGCAGCUCUCCUGGCCGGCCCACGGCACCAAGGCUGAGGAGCGGGCGGGCAAGGACGUGGUGGGGCCCCUGCCCGGCCUGCGGCUGCCCAGCAGCACGGCGCACCUGGAGACCAAGGCCACCAUCCUGCCCCUGCCCUCACACAGCAGCGUUCCCAUGCAGGGCCUGGUGGCCCGCACCUCCAAGUACGACUUCUUCAUCCAGAAACUGAAGACGGGCGAGAACCUGCGGCCCCAGAACGGGAGCACCUACAAGAAGCCAUCCAAGUACGACCUGGAGAACGUCAAGUACCUGCACCUCUUCAAACCCGGGGAGGGCAGCCCCGACAUGGGCGGGGCCAUUGCCUUCAAGACGGGCAAGGUGGGGCGCCCCUCCAAGUACGACGUCCGGGCCAUCCAGAAGCCGGGCCCCGCCAAGGUUCCGCCCACCCCCAGCCUGGCUCCUGCACCCCUCCCCAGCGUGCCCAGUGCUCCCAGCGCCCCUGGGCCAGGGCCCGAGCCGUCUGCCUCCCUGCCCUUCAACACUCCCGAGUACCUGAAGUCGACCUUCUCCAAAACAGACUCCAUCACCACGGGGACCGUCUCCACUGUCAAGAACGGAUUGCCCACAGAUAAACCAGCUGUCACCGAAGAUGUAAACAUUUACCAGAAAUAUAUUGCCAGGUUCUCCGGCAGUCAGCACUGUGGCCAUAUCCACUGCGCCUACCAGUACCGUGAGCACUACCACUGCCUUGAUCCGGAGUGCAACUACCAGAGGUUCACGAGCAAGCAGGAUGUGAUCCGGCACUACAACAUGCACAAGAAACGCGACAACUCCCUGCAGCACGGCUUCAUGCGCUUCAGCCCGCUGGACGACUGCAGCGUCUAUUACCACGGCUGCCACCUCAACGGGAAGAGCACCCACUACCACUGCAUGCAGGUGGGCUGUAACAAGGUGUAUACGAGCACGUCAGAUGUGAUGACCCACGAGAACUUCCACAAGAAGAACACCCAGCUCAUCAACGAUGGCUUCCAGCGCUUCCGAGCCACCGAGGACUGCGGCACGGCCGACUGCCAGUUCUACGGGCAGAAGACCACGCAUUUCCACUGCAGGCGCCCCGGCUGCACAUUCACCUUCAAGAACAAGUGUGACAUCGAGAAGCACAAGAGCUACCACAUCAAGGACGACGCGUAUGCCAAGGACGGCUUCAAGAAGUUCUACAAGUACGAGGAGUGCAGGUACGAGGGCUGCGUGUACAGCAAGGCCACCAACCACUUCCACUGCAUCCGCGCCGGCUGCGGCUUCACCUUCACGUCCACCAGCCAGAUGACCUCGCACAAGCGCAAGCACGAGCGCAGGCACGUCCGCUCCUCGGGCGCACUGGGGCUGCCGUCCUCGCUGCUGGGCGCCAAGGACACGGAGCACGAGGAGUCGAGCAACGACGACCUGGUCGACUUCUCGGCCUUGAGCAGCAAGAACUCCAGCCUGAGCGCCUCCCCGACCAGCCAGCAGUCCUCCGCCUCCCUGGCCGCCGCCGCCGCCGCCGCCGCCGCCGCCGCCGAGGCCACGCCCGGUGCCGCCAAGCCGCCCAACAGCAAGAUCUCCGGGCUGCUGUCCCAGGGCCUGCCCGCGUCCAUCCCGCUGGCGCUGGCCCUCUCCAACUCAGGCCUGCCCACCGCCGCCCCCUACUUCCCUAUCCUUCCGAGCCGGGGCAGCGCCUCCUUGCCCGUGGGUGCCCCCGGCCUCCUGGGCGCCAUGUCGUCCGGGGCAGUGGCCUCGGCGGCAGCCGACACACCCGCCCUGGCCGCCUCGGGAGCCGGUGACUCUGCCCCGGCCGCCGCCACCUCUGUCCCGGUGCCCCCCGCCUCCAUCAUGGAGAGGAUCUCGGCGAGCAAGGGCCUCAUCUCACCCAUGAUGGCCAGGCUGGCCGCGGCUGCCCUCAAGCCCUCUGCCACCUUUGACCCAGGAAACGGGCAGCAGGCCACCCCCGCCAGGUUCCCCCCGGCCCCGGUGAAGCAGGAGCCCGGUGAGAGCGCUGGCGCCCCGGUUCCCCACGAGGUCUCCCAGGACCGCAGUUUAGACCUGACUGUGAAGGAGCCCAGUAAUGAAUCAAAUGGCCAUGCAGUCCCGGCAAAUUCGUCUCUCUUAUCCUCGCUUAUGAAUAAGAUGUCUCAGGGCAACCCCAACCUUGGCAGCCUGUUGAACAUCAAGACAGAAGCGGAGGGCAGCCCCGCCGUGGAGUCCUCGCCCUUCCUGGGCAAGGCCGUGAAGGCGUUGGUUCAGGAGAAGCUGUCCGAGCCCUGGAAGGUGUACCUUCGAAGGUUUGGCACCAAGGACUUCUGUGACGCCCAGUGUGACUUCCUUCACAAAGCACACUUCCACUGCGUGGUGGAGGAGUGCGGCGCGCUUUUCAGCACCCUGGACGGGGCCAUCAAGCAUGCCAACUUCCACUUCCGGACGGAGGGAGGAGCAGUGAAGGGAAACGCAGAGGCUCCCUUCCCCACCUCGGCUGCGGAGACCAAACCUGCCUUGGCCCCCUCGUCCCCUCCAGCGCCUCCUGUCACCACAGCCUCUCUGGAGGGUCCCACUCCCAGCCCGGCUGCCGUGCCCUCCACCCCCACGCUGCUCGCCUGGAAGCAGCUGGCUUCCACCAUACCCCAGAUGCCUCAGAUUCCAGCGUCAGUGCCUCACCUGCCCACUUCGCCCUUGGCAACGACUUCUCUAGAAAACGCCAAGCCCCAGGUCAAACCCGGAUUCCUCCAGUUCCAGGAGAAGUGAGUCCCUCAAUGAGCCGGGAGUCCCGUGUCCCCCGCGUGUCUCGGGAGUAGGUGCUAGCGAGGGCAGCCGAGGAGGUGCUGCUCCUAACCCUGCAGUGAGCCCGGGCUGUCCCCAGCCUCUCUGGGACACGGUCAUCGGACGCUGUCCUUCUAGCCAAAGAAGCUGCUGCUCUGGCCUCACUGCCUGCUCCCCAAGCAGGCAGCCGGGGUGGGAGAAGGUGGUGGUGGUAGGGGCCGCUGUUCCAGAGGGGCAGUGUUGGCGCUGUGAGGACCAGCUUAGGUGGGCCGGGAGUGCUGGGCCUCGCCCGGCAAGGCAGGCUGCAUCUCACUCUGGGCCUUGCACCCAUGGCUAAGUCUCUGCAGAGCAAGCGAAGUCAUGGGUGGGGGGCGAGGGGGCUAGGCCCCCACUCCAGGCCCACACCCGUCCGCACAGUGGUCUGAGCUCUCAGGGGUGGAAGGGACCUUCCUCGCUGGAUGGUGGUGGCGCCUUGCGGCGAGAACGGUGACUCUGUAUCGUUAUGUGUGCGGCUUCCUGUUCUCAAUAAAAGUAAUAAAUUGGAUGUGAACGUGUACCGCCUGAGUGGCAGCUGUCCCCCCUCUCUGGGCACCUGGGGCUGGGCCUCUGGCCUGGAAGGGGACCUGCGUUCCUCUCCGUCCCUCCCCGAGCUUCUCUUGUUCGUUCCGCCUCCCCACAGCGGCAGCGCUCUUAGUCUCCCCAGCGCGGUCGGAUUCC